ACCGCCCCGGACGCGGGCGGGACGAGACGUCCGCGGCGCGCACGACACGCGACACGCGACACGACACGCCGACGACAUGCGCCCAAUAUGUGUUGGCGGCAAGUGUCGAAAUUCCAAAAAACUGUGAUCGUCCUGCUUUUGUAUUCAUUCAUAUAUUUCUUCCUGUCAACAAUCGCGCGGCCGGAGCCCAUGUACAACUUUGUGAAAGAAGAUCUGCGCAUUGGCGACAAAUACGUGUUGAUUUAUUUAAUAUCAAAUACACGUGUGUUUUCGGACGCGGAAGGCUCCGACGUGUUCGUCAAGCGACACUGCGGGAACUGCUUCAUCACGAACAAUAAGGGAUUUCUACCUCUCAGCGAGUACGACGCUGUUGUUGUCCAUGGACAUCGAAGCAAGUUGGCAGAAGCGUCAGCAUACAUGGACCCCGAGAAGAGAUACUUGAUGGAGACGCGGAAAGAGUGCCUUGAGAAGAAAUUGGUUGGCUGUGGAAAUGAACCAAAGAUCACAUCGUUCUCGACACGAGAAACUUACGAUCUGCGGAGUCUGUGCCAUUAUUUACACGAGACCCGAAAACAGGAAGUUGAACCUGAAACGUAGACGUGGAAUUCGAUGUGCCAGUGAAAUUUUAAAGUCUGUAUUAGGUUAUGUCAAAUGUGCUUGAAGCUCGAGGCCUUGAUAGUGUAAGUUUACUUUGGAAUCUAGUGUAAUGGAAUAAUAUUGAAAUAUUUGGGCUUUUAUGUCUGUACAUGUAAAUAAAUGUACUUACCGUCGUUAAACCAUUUAGUUAAGUACUGAAGAAGAUUCAGCAAUUGCAUGUCAACUUCGCUUUUUGUUACGGGUUCAUCAGAUAGGGAUUGCGAUUCGCAAUCAGGCAAAAAGUUUGUUAUUAAAUCAUAGUUUAUUAGUUUUAUUGCGGGCAGUCUUAUGCUUUCAAUAAAUAUUAGGUACAUUGUGUUACUCAAUAUUCGUGAAUGAAUUUCGUUUUUUAAUUAAUUAAUUGUUGUGUUUUUCUUUUUCUGUUUGAUGGAGCCGUUUUUAUAACAAAUAUUUUACGCUUAGUUUAGUUAUAAACGUUUCAGAGUCUAGGUAGAUCUUAACGGAAUCAUUUGUUGCAAUUGAUGUACUUUUUAAAUAAUAGUUGUACUCAGCGAGCUCCAAAAACUAUAUAUCUAUUGAGUUCUAUGUAUGCAGUUGAACUCUAUUGCAUUUAUGGGGAACAAAAAUAUAUACAUACGUAUAGGCUAUGAUUAGUUUACCUACUCAGUUCUGGUGAAAAAGUUAGUGUAACCUCUUGUCUCACGAUGUUUUAUUCAACACCUUUUGUAAUGUCUGUAAUUUGUUUGCCUGCAUUAAUGUCCGUUCAUUCCAAACACACAAUAUGUAAGUAUUAAGUACAUAUUAGGAUAAGCGACUACAAUCUUUACCGAUUUACAGAAUCAACUCCAUUGUUCCAUGCUUCAAGGCAAAGAGGCGUAAGCCACCUGCUGUGUGUGUAUGGAUUAUUUUUAACUGACCUUUAUUUUAAUUUUACCAAUGCGUUGGCGUUUUUAUUUCAAGCUUAGAAUAACCCACUUACCUAACGUGAAUGACCUACGUACAUAUGUAUGUAUGUAGUGAUAAGCUAUCGUAAAUGUUCCAUUUCAAUUAGUGUCCUAGUGUGCUGUGAAAUUGUGCGAAAACCGUUAUUUUUCAAUUGUCGUACGUUUGAUAAUCAUCUAGGAACAGAAUACAAUACCACCAAUAAUAAAUUGUUUAUUUCUGACAAUAGCUCACUGUCACCACCGUGCCAUUUUCUAGAAAGUAGGCAAUAAGUAUAGUGGAAGACUGGUUUCCAAGCUAGAUAAAACCUAUGUUAUGGAUCGCCAGGCCCCACGCCAAGGACAUAAAGUAAAAUGUAUUCUACGAACUUAACUUAGUCAUGUUAUUUUGUCGUCUGCCUUUGUUACUUUCUUAUUAGGCGCCAGGCUGAGUUCUGCGAACGUUUGUUUGCGUAUAAACUCACUUAAAAGUACUCCCGCAGAGCCAUCACAAAUGUUGACUUUAGCAUCCAGAAAUCAGGCGUGCGUGACCAUUAUAAAAAAUAUUGUGACACAUUUGAGUGUACCUACCACCUACACUAGCGGGUGACAUUCGUAAUUGGGUUCGUAACAAUAUCCAGUUCAGCAUUAUACAUGUGUUGUGCUAUUGCUAUUGCAUAAACUCUAUGAAUUUACUGUUUCACACUUAGAAAAAAUAUCGUGAGCACCGUAAUGUUUUGUGAAGUCUAUUUCAUUAUAAUUAAAAUGAAUGUGUGAAAGAAUCUCUAAUGAAAGAAUAUUAGCAUAAACGUGUUUGGGUACUUUUGUUUGCGCUGUUAAAGGCCGAAUUGUGAUACAAUGUACAAAGAAGGGUCACAGUACCAGUAUUAUGUUAAGUAAUUAACCAGAGUACACACGAGGUUAACAAAACCAUUGUCAGUAGGCGGCAAAUCGUUAAACGGAAAACAAAUGAAAAUUACGCUUCUUGAGUGUCUAAAUGUGUCGAGGUUAUAAAAAGGUUAAAAAAAAUACAUUGUCCACUUCGUGCAUUUCAUUCGUCCAGUAGCGCGACUUAGAAGCGGUCUAGACGAGGGCCUAAAGCGAGGAGACGCGCGGGCCACGUGAGUUGCCCUCUGAGUCGGAAGCCAUGUCUGGACUUGGUCGCAGAAUAAUGUGGCCGGCAUCGUCGGCACUAGCUCGGAGAGCUUGUAGAGGAUGAGCUAGAUAUCCUCGGACCCUCUAGCCGCUUAGGUUAUUGGGAACUGGAGAGACACCGUUUUUCGAGAAGUGAGUGUAAGCAGAGCACAAUGGGAAGUGAGCUUGUUCUCAAAUCCGGCACCUAUCUGUAGAAUGGGGAGGGCACUAGCGUUCUGAGAACCGUAUGAAGUCCGUGUAAACGGGCUGAUCUGGGGUCAGGACCAGACUGAGUAGGUCCCUAUGCGAGAUUGCUUGAACAGGUCAUAGUGCCGCCGCAUAACCAAUACGUUGAUAGAGAAGGUCACUAUAAAAUAAACUUAUGUAGAAAAGAUAGGAAGUUGUCCACCUCAUACAAUACAAUACAACAAAACAAAUAGAAAAACAAAGAUGUAAAUUGUCUCUGUCUGCAGUUCAUUUAUAAUAGUUUCAUAGUUACGACUGAUUGAAUUCAUGUUUGGAACAAAUAAUUAAUGUUCAAUUGAUAUUAUAAACACAAAUGAUUUUUUCAUCAAUACCAUUUUUAAAUAAUCUAAAAAGUAAUCACCGAGCAUUAUUUUGCAAAUGCGAUCGACGUCUACUCUACCCAAAAAACUACGUUGGAAUGAUGUUUGACUAAUGUUAUACGUGUAGUUAAUUGUUGACCUGAACGCUGCGGAACCAAAGCGACACGCAGAGGGCAAACGUUUCAUACAGUUUAAUUCAAACACAUUGUUCUAAGAAUAAAAUACUGUGUUGGCAUAAGGAUUUUUUAAAGUUAUUCAUAUACAGGCUGGUUAUUUUAUUUCUCGUAAUUCUAUACGAUAUUCAUACUUACGUUAAAAAUACAUUUUAAAAAUAGAAAAAUAAACGGGCUAAAAACUGUUUUCACUAAUUUAACAUACUGCUAUUCAUUAUGCUGAAUUUCGUUUUUGAAAUUUCACGAAAUAAAAUGGCAACCUGUAUAAGAUGCAAAUCCUCAAUUUUGAUUAUUAUAGGGUAUUUCGAAUUAUUCAGUGAAAAGAAGCUGGAAAUCUGCUGUGGUGUAAUUAAAUAUGUACUUAAAAAUAUGACAAUAUUAUACAAUAACCUGUAGAUAGCACAUUUGAACUUGUCUUUCAUAAAGUUGUUCUCUAGAAGAUGAAAGCGAGUAACGGUUAUUAUUGUAAAUUUAUAAACCCCAAUCGGUACUUAAAAAAACGCGCUUUUUGCAAUGUUACAAAUGUUUUGUUCUGUUAUAUAAAAAAAAGAAACCUAACUGUAAGUUAUUUUAGACUACAAAUACCAUAGAUUAGUAUUUACAUUAUACACGCAUGUCCACAACCGUCCGAUGAAAUACAGGAUAACUUAUUCAUUAACAUAUUGCCAAUAAUAUGGGGUAAUACAUUCAUUAUAAUAAUAUUUCUAUAAUUUCGGUACCUCCAAUAAAUACUAACUUAAUUUUUGUACCUAUUUUGUUUUUUGUUUCUGUCUUUUCACAAAAGUUUUUGUUUUUUUUUCGAAUUUUGUUUUUUGGUUUCUUUUUUCACAAAAUUCAGGGAGCAUAAUUUAGUAAAUAAAUAUGUCUGUUUACAAAAAUAACAGAAAAUGACCAAUACUAAAAUUGGCGUAGUGUUCACUGGAGGUAUCGAUUUGGUCAUACAUGUAUGUAUACCGUUACUCCUGUUUGAUAUACAGGGUGUAAGACAUAUGGGUCACGGAGGGAAAGUCAGGAUAUUUUGCUUCAUGGCAUGAAAUGUCAAAAAAACAUCCUGUAUUUUUCUGAUGCUAAUCGAAGGUGUCAAUUAUAAGGAUCAAUUCCUUUUAAUCAACAUAGUACGUUAAAUUAAAGGCGCGCCGCUCAAUUAUACAAUUAACUCCAAAAAUAAAUAAACUUGAAAGUGAAACUGCCAAUAAAUCGACGGGGUGAAGCAAAACAUCUUCCACAAUAUUUCAAGAUCUCUCCCUCCGUGUGCCACAGUCGCGAGAUGCCUGACACAUGUAGGCAGAGACUAUGGAUCUCCUCACUUGUUUUCCUACUUUCCCUUCAUAACUCCCGCUUCCUCCACUUGCUAUCAUAAAUCUUUCCAAACAGGCUCGUUUAUUUUGUGUCCUUAAUUUGCUUGAUUUAUAUACGCCGAGGUCCACCUUUCCCGCCUUUUACAUCCAUCUUUACGCCACAUUUGCUCCAUAUAUAUAUGCCGUUACGUUCUGUCAUAAUCGUCAUGAGAGACAUUCCAUUUUCGGACUUGUCAUUACAUUGUCUUUCGCACUAUGACACCUCCAUGUUUUCGUCAAUACCACGCAUCUUCUGCCGCACUCACCAUACACCGCCGUGCGUUAGGGUUGGCACCAUCCUGCCUUAAUUAGACGCUCAUUUUCUGCUAUAUUCUAAAUACCCGUAAAGGCAUGCGGAACUCUUUUCAUCUGAUUUCUGGUUUUACUUUCCUGUAACAUCAUCUCAUACCUAAAAUAAUGUAUAUUUAUUAACUUAUUCCACUAAUGUUACGUUUUCUUUUAUCAGACUGCGCAGAAGCCUACUAUCUUAUUUGUUAUUGUAAUAGCUUCAUCGGCCUACGUAUUUCAGUGUUUACUUAUGUAUUUAAACAUGCAUAUUUAUUAAAUGGUUGCGCGUAACCGUUGCUUAUUCGAAUAAUUAUGUACAAUGCCACGUUAUUAGUCGUAGCUAUUUUAAUCUAAACGCUAUUUUAAUUUAAACGAUCCUAUGUAUUACAACUUAAAUGUAAAAAAAACUUUACUUCUCCGAAUUUUAGGAUGCUGUCCCUUAGAGUGACAGCGAGCCAUCCGUCUAUUCUUCAUUUAAUAUUUGCAACGUACAUGUGUGUGGUAACGUUAUAUCCACUGAUCCAUUCAAACAAUUCUGCUCACUAUCGAGAAGUUAUACUUAAAGAGAAAUAUUUUGGAAAUUGGACGGGCGGUAUUUAUAUACGAUUAUAUCGUACAAAAACCAAUUGACAUUGACGAAAUGAAUGGAUUGUAAUGAACAGAAACAAUAAUUGUGAGAAACACCAAUAGCUGUAAGGUAGUUAGAAAAUCUAAUAUAAUUACAUUUAUCAUAGUAGAACAAUAAUGACAUCUACCCGUUGUUAUAAUUUAAAAUGUACGUUUUGAUCACUGCAGUGUUUAAUUAAAGUUUUGUAAAUGUGGAUAGAAAAACAAAUAUUUAUUGAAUUAAUUAAAAAUUGUUAUUUUUUGAAGCAUCACUUUUG